GCGUGGAGACUCAGACCAGCCGCGGCUAGCGACUUUAGCACAGAGCUCAGCUUUAUGGUUCACUGCCAGCAUGGAUAAUACGACAGACGGGACGUGGGGCAGUUUACCUGUUAAACUUAACGACAGCAUUUUACAGACGCUCGAUGAACUGAAAUUCACACACAUGACACCUGUACAGUCUGCUUGUAUCCCGCUGUUCAUGAGUAAUAAAGACGUGGCUGCGGAGGCGGUGACCGGAAGCGGAAAGACGCUUGCUUUUGUGAUUCCUAUAAUCGAGCUGCUCCUGAGGAGAGAGGAGAAGCUGAAGAAGAUGCAGGUCGGUGCCCUGGUGAUCACCCCCACAAGAGAGCUGGCCCUUCAGAUCAGUGAAGUGAUGGAGCAGUUCAUUCAGAAAUUCCCACAGUUUACGCAGAUUUUGCUGAUUGGUGGCAGCAACCCGAUCGAGGAUGUGGAGAAGUUCAAGGAUCAAGGGGCAAACAUUGUGAUUGCGACACCGGGCCGUCUGGAGGACAUGUUCAGGAGGAGGUCAGACGGUCUGGACUUGGCCAGCUCGGUCAAGAGUCUGGACGUGCUGGUUCUCGACGAGGCCGACAGGCUCCUCGACAUGGGUUUUGAGGUCAGUCUGAAUACCAUCUUGGACUACCUGCCUAAACAGAGGCGUACAGGCUUGUUUUCAGCCACUCAGACGCAGGAGCUGGAGAAGCUGGUGCGGGCCGGCCUCAGGAACCCAGUACGCAUCACUGUGAAAGAGAAGGGCGUGGCCGCCACCGCCGCCAUCCAGAAGACGCCCUCCAGGCUCUCCAACUACUACACCAUCUGCAGAGCAGAGGACAAGUUCAACAGCCUGGUGGCGUUUCUGAGGCAGCACAAGCACGAGAAGAACCUGGUCUUCUUCAGUACCUGUGCCUGUGUGGAGUACUACGGUCGAGCUCUGGAGACGCUGGUCAAGAAGGUCACCGUCCACUGCAUCCACGGCAAGAUGAAAAACAAACGCAACAAGAUCUUUGCAGACUUUCGGGCCCUGAAGAGUGGCAUCUUGGUGUGUACAGAUGUCAUGGCCAGAGGAAUUGAUAUCCCUGAUGUGAACUGGGUGCUGCAGUAUGAUCCUCCCAGCAGUGCCAGUGCCUUCGUGCAUCGAUGUGGACGCACAGCACGAAUCGGCAACCAGGGCAAUGCCCUCGUCUUUCUGCUGCCGAUGGAGGAGUCAUAUGUCACUUUUUUGUCCAUCAACCAGAAGUGCCCGCUCGAGAUGAUGCCCCCUGUCAGCGACGUGGUGGACGUGCUACCCAAAGUGAAGGCCAUGUCUCUGGCUGACCGCGCCAUGUUUGACAGGAGCAUGAGAGCCUUCGUCUCGUACGUCCAGGCCUACGCCAAACACGAGUGCGGCCUCAUCUUCAGGGUCAAAGAUCUGGACUUCGCCUCUUUAGCCCGCGGCUUCGCCCUCCUCCGCAUGCCGAAGAUGCCCGAGCUGAGGGGGAAAACGUUUCGGGAUUUCACCGAGACAACGGUGGACACGGACACCAUCCGCUACAAGGACAAGAACCGAGAGAAACAGAGACAGAAGAUGCUAACAGAGGCGAAAGAGAGGACUCCCUGUCCCAGAAAGAACUUCAUCAAGAACAAGGCCUGGUCUAAACAGAAGACCAAGAAGGAACGCAGGAAAAAGAUGGCGGCCAAGAGGAAGCUGGAUGAGGGCUCCGACGUGGACGACGAAGACAUGAAAGAGCUUUUAAAUGACACCCGCCUCCUCAAGAAGCUGAAGAAAGGGCAAAUCAGCGAGGAGGACUUCGAGAAACAGAUAACAAGCAAAGCGAAGUCAAAUAAACAGAAAGCAGAAGGAGCAUCACAGGGCAGCUUGGGAGACGAGGACGGAUCUCCUCACGCAAAGCAGCACCUCUGACAUUUGAUUCACCUUUUGAUAUGACGGCUUUUAUUGACAAUCGUCAGGCACAGUUAUAAAUAAAGCUUGAUGAGUUCGUCGCUGACAGCAGACGGGGUGAGGACUCCCAGGUCCGUGAAGAGGAGGGUGAUGAGGGAGGGAGGCGUGUAAUCGAUCAUCGGAUGCUCGUCUGACAGGUUCUGUACGGUCUUCAGGGUAUCUGCUUUGUACUGUGGAGGCGAGGAGAAGACCUGUAAACAAAUGCUCUAAAAUAGAAUAAAAAUGAAUCCACACUUUGAACUCGUACCUUAAAUUUAUCAGGCACGUCCUGUUGGUUGAGCGGAUACAGGCGGACAAAUUUGAAGCUCUCUGCCACCACGUAGAACGGCUUAUUGUGAGCUUUGGAGCACACGGCCAUCUGAUAAGUGCCGAUCUGCAACAGCAAAGAGGAAACGUUUAGUUCUGUUUGCAUCAAGCAUUAUCAAUACUAAGUGAAACCUGGGGUCUGUGUCACGAAGCAGGAUUCGUGGGUUUUACAGCUGUGUUUGAUCUUAAUGGAGAAUGCCACUGGUUUAUCAUUGCAUUGCUGUAAUACUGUCAGACUGCUGAUGGAGAGUUUACAACAAAAAUCAGCGGCCUUUUAUUCCACACAUUCUUCUUCCUUGUGCCUACAUUACCCAUAAUGCAACUCAACCCCAGGCAGUUUGGUUGGAGAUUAAAGUGUGUUACGCUAGUAGCAGUUAAUGUAACAUCAAGCAGACUGAUGCUGGCUGGAGUGAGGCAGUCGUGGUCCCAAAGACCUGGAAACAGACUUUGAUGUGUACCAUCAGUGGAGUUCUCCUUUAAGAACCUCUGUCACAUGAACAAUUAGCUAGUUUGGUAAACUGGGCCGGUUGACAGCCAUCUUUGCGACACCAGUUAACCUGUUAUUUCAAAGAAAGCCAGACUUGAACUUGAUACAGGCCCCCGACUAUUUCCUGAAACGCACCUUGUUGAUGAUCCCUCCACUCUCAACGACUCCCUCUGCGCCGACAAUAACGAGGUCGACUUUCUCCAAGACGUACCUGUGAACAGUGACACGAACACGCUGAAUAAAUGCAGCUGCGAUCACGUGACCAAUGUGUGACUGAGUGGUGGUUUUUAACUUAAAUAAUGAGAAAUGUUCUUACCCCACAGCUGCAUCCAGGACUACCGUUACUGGAACAUUGAGCGUUCUCAGAGCUUCUGCCAUCUGUCGCCUGAACACAGAGCACGUAAAAAAAAAAGGAAGCUUCAGUGAGUUUGUGUCCCCUCGGAAUAAAACGAGGACACAUUUUACUGGCUGUAUUCACUCACCCGGCUGAGUCCGGCUGCGAUUCAGUCACAUAGACAGAGAAGCGUUUCUUCUCGCCGGCAGCUUUCUCCAGCACCCGGAGGACGACUCUGGAGUACGAGUGAGUCAGGAUUUUCUGAGGGGAACACAAGAGGAACGUCACUGAGCUGCCUCAACACUGUGCAUAAAGACUGUCGUAUGUCUGCCCAUGCUGAAGCAUCUCACUGGAGGACAACAAUGACCUUCAGCCUCAGCAGGCAGGUUUUAGAUAAAGUUGUUUUCAGUCCUGGUAGAGUUCAGACUUCUUGCCAAAGGUGUCAAAUCAAGCCCUUAAAUGUUUGAUAAGGUGUCCCACAAGGAUCAAUAUCAGGCCCACCUGUUUUUUACUCCAGAUGUUACUCUGUGCCUUUGUGGUGUUGGGUAUUGUUAGCCAUAAAAGGCUGUAACAUUCGUCUAUUAGUGCAGAACCAUCACGGGUCAUAGUCUGGUGCAUCCAGCUACAACAGCAAUAAGGGGAUAAGACAAAGAUGGUGCGUCGCCGCUGCUCCACAGUUGUAGCUGCACUAAACUCACAUC